AUGGUGUCUUCACGUUUGCGUGGGAAGCAGAAGCCUGCUGAGUUUGAGAGGGAAGCUGCCCCUUCAAGUAGCUCUAGUCUUCGAAAGAGACCAGCGAGCAAUGUGCAGAAACGGGAAGUGAAGAAAGCGCUGGACAAGCAAAAAAGUGCAGAGAAGAAGAUUCAGAAACUGCGAAAGAAAGUGGCCAAAGAAGAGCACAAAAAGGAAGAAGAGACCAUUGAAGAGACCAAGAAAGAGCAAGAAAAGGAAGAAGAGGCCGUUGAAGAGGCCAUGGAAGAGCAAGAAGAUGAAGAAGAGGCCGUUGAAGAAGCCACAGAAGAGCAAGAAAAGGAAGAAUACGACUUUGAAGAAGUCAAGGAAAAGCCAGAAGCUGAAGGCACUGACACUGCAGAGAAAAGAAAGAAGAUGAAGAAAAUGAAAAUGGAAGAGGUGCAGAAAGAGCCAGAAGAAGUCACAGCACAGAAAAAGAAGAGAGUGACGCCACUUCUGCGGGCCACUGCUGCAGGCUUGGUGGCAAAAGCUCAACGGCCAUUUGCAAUGUACUGCAAAGAAAUGGGCUUGCGAGUUCAAGAUGCUAGCCAAGGGUGGAAGAAGCUUUCUUCCAAAGAGAAAAACACAUACAUAGAGAAAUCCAAGAAUAGUUUUCUCCAGCAACGGCGAGAAAGUGCUGCAGCUGGAGUGUCCCUUCGCAAAACGCAACUGCAAUGUACAGCACAAGGCGACGAAGCAGCUGCUCAGAACAAACUGCUGAAGUCCAGCAACAAGAAAGGCCCUUUUGCUUCUUUUUGUGAAGAGACUGGACAAAGUGUGCUUGCUGCAACACGGAGAUGGAAGUCAAUGACGAAAGCACAGAAGGCCAGUUACACUGGUCUUAGUGAGGCAGAAGCGCUGCGAGCAAUGCCUGGACAGGAGGAAGAUCCUUCUGCCGCCGAGGACUUGGGUUUACAAAGCCAGAAGCUGGAUGGGGUCGGGCAAUGUGCCAUGUUUGCACAGCUAGUGGAUGGCCUUGCCUACCUCCAUUCCAAGGAUGUCAUUCAUGCGGACCUGAAGCCGGGCAACAUUUUGUUCAGUCCCUAUGACCUCAGUUUCUACAUAAUUGACUUUGGCAUUGCCAUUCGCCUUCCGGUGUCUGAAGGCAAAAAGCCUGAACAUGUCUACACUGUAGCCUUCCGAGCUCCGGAGCUUUUGGACACCAGAAAGCCGCUGAAGGAUCUUCUCACACCGCGCUGUGACGCAUGGGCUCUUGGAUUGACAAUCAUAGAAGCCACUGGCUUUGGUCGUUUUUUUCAAGGCACAAGCCCAGUGAAGAUAGUAAAGGAAAUACAGGAUUAUUGUGAUGAGAUGAGGACGGUGGGGGGUGUACAGAGCAAGCGCCUGAAACAGGCCCUGCAGUACUUGGAUGAUAGAAUCCGCAAUCGAGUGGUGGUCUUGUUGCGGGCCUCCCCUGAGUCCUUAUGGCAGAAGGUUUUGAAUGUCCGCGUGGAGGCAGCUAUGUUCCCGGAGCUGAAGGCGAAGGCAACCAUGCAACAGAACGAGAUCCAGCAAAUUAUGGAGUUGGCUUUGGAGCAGUGUCCUGACUACAACUUUGACGAGUCCUUGGUAAAGAUCAAGGACGCCACUGAUACUGUCAAAAAGCUCCAGGGAAGCGCGGCUAAAGAGGCAGUCGAGGUAGCAACAGCUUUGGAAGGGUCUCUUCAAGGCCUUGAGACCUGGAUGGACACUGUGCUGACUCCAGAUUACGAGGGCAAUGUGGACAGCAUCACCAGCUUCUCAGGUGAUUGGACGCUGGAAAACUUAGACAACCUUGACAUCAAAACACUGGCCGACAAGAAGUUUCCAGACAUCACCCUUCCUGACGACUUGGACCAUGGCUUGAUUUUGGAAAAGAUGGAGCUUCCGACCAAAAAGUCCCAUGGCAUCAACCGUGUGAUGCUGGCUUGGAGGAAGAGUGUCACCGAGUUUGAAGAGCCGGAUGAGGAAGAUGCAGUCCAGCAGAUUCUUGCCUACAUGGGCUACGGGCGAGAUUUGGCCAAAGUCACGCAGGCCGAGAUGUCACUUGUCACAUCGAAGGAGAUGCAAACGGAAAAGCCUUUCAUGGCCCUGUUGGCAGUCCACAACCAUGCCAUCACCCUUGGCUAUGUUGGGAGUGCCAAGAGUUUGAAGCUCAUGAUGGAUGAUCCUGGAAAACCUUGGGAUUAUGACCAGAUGCUCAUGAAACAGCACAAGCCUGUGGCCAAGGCUCUCAGCUCUGUGUCAUCUAUGGCGAAUGUGGCAGUGCAGAUUCAGUCUGCAGCAGACUUGAUGGAAUUGGUGCCCAAGUUCAAGGAGGUGGAAGCAGCUCUCUCAGUCCUGGCUUCAAAGCUGAUUGGCGAUACCAUGCUGAAGACUCUCAAGGAGGCGGCCGAAGGUGUGCAGAACAGCUUUGAGGCUGCUAUGGGAAAGAUGUUGGAGGGUUGUGAAGGUUCCUUCACGAUGCCUAUCCAAGACUUCAUCAAAAAGUACCGGAAGGUGCAUGACGCAGCAAUGGAUUGGAAAAUGGAUGCGGUGGGCAACUUGUUUGAGGGCGACCAAGCCAAGAAAGACUUCACUGAGUUGCAUGUGAAGUUCGAGGGUGCUGAGAAGACUUUGCCGGUCUUGGAGGGGUUCACCGACCACAGGUCCAGUGAUACGAAGAUGCGCAGUUUGCUCAGCAGGGCAUCCCAUGUCUACGAGGUCUUGAAGGGGGCCGUUGCCAGUUCCAAAGAACUCGCCAGUGUGGUGAUGAUUUGUGGCUACUUCUUGCAGCCAGGCAAUUCUGACCUGACCACAAUUCUUACCCAUUGCAAGACUAUGUAUGGGUAUGAUGAAGGUCGCCUUCCCACCAAGCUUUCCAAGAUGAUCCGUGAAAAGCAGGCCAAGGUCACUGACAAGAAAGGCAAGGACAAGGACACAGAGGAUGAGUCAGACAGUGACCCUGGCACCCGACACUCCAAGGCUGCCAAAAAGGUGAGCAAAUCCAUCACCAAGAAGUCGAAGAAAGACAAAAAGGGCAAUGAGAAGCAUGACAAGGCCAAGAAGGACAAGAAGGACAAGAAGAAGCACAAGUGA